AUUCGUCUCGGUCAGGAAUCUUUCUUAUCUCUAGAAUUUCUCCCUCUCUUCCAUCACGAACUUGAAACGCGCCAUUCCUAUUCCUCUACCCCAUCAUUCUUGCAAUCAUUCCUCUCGUGGAAAUGGGCUCGUUCGCUGAGUCGGCUGCUCUUCUGCAGGCAUCGAUGUCUCUUUCUCCAACACCUUCUAUAAUUAACAACAAUAAUACUGUCGAUUAUUCUCUAUCACUCCAGAUGCUCGCGGCUCCGAACGCCGUCUCAUUGGCCUCUGUCAACGGUUCUGCUUCACUUCUAACUGCAACAACUGCUGGAAUGAAGGCGAAUAAUAAUUCAAAUGAGAAAUUACCAAGACAACAAUGUUACCUGUGUGAUUUGCCACGCUGGCCGUGGGCAAUCAUAAAUGAUUAUAUUGAGCCAGUUUGCAGAGGAUGCGUCAAUUAUGAAGGAUCAGACAGAAUUGAACUCGUACUUGAAGAAACACGCCAACAAAAGAAACUCCAAGGAGUUGGAAUCAGUGAUCCACAGAAUGCAAAGACAUCCCUCCGAGAUAUUACACUUACACAACAACAACCCCUUCAAACAUUACCAGUCACUUCUGCUAAUGGAAUCGGAAGGAUAAGCCCACAAAGGACACCUCAGCCAACGGUACUUCCCACGUCCCCAUUCCAUGUGCCAACUAUGAACAACUUGGAGCAAGUUCUGACCCAUCAACGACUUCUGCAAAUGACACAAGCCAAUCCUCGGGCGGUUGACGAUCUUAUUCAACAGUCUCUUCGAAGCUUGGGCCCAAAUUCUCAUCUCUUGGCUCCAUUCAUGAUGAGCAUGCUUCCAAGCACAACUUAUUCAAAUCCAAGAAAACGUGAAUCUGACGAAGAGCAGAAGCCUGAAAUAUAUGGAAAAGUGCAGAGAGGCGAUGCCCAAACGACAACUGCCUCGCCAACCUCAACUCAUUCACCAGACCAUCCGGGAGUUAAGGAUCGGAGAGGGAUCGCCCCAAUUGAGAGAGUUUUGAGAUGUACACUGUGCAAUGAACGUCUAGAAGACACCCACUUUGUACAAUGCCCAACAGUCAGCAUUCACAAGUUUUGCUUCCCAUGCUCGCGGAGCAGCAUCAAGGAUCAAUGCAAGAGCAGUGAUAUGUACUGCCCAUCAGGCGAUAAAUGUCCAUUAGUCGGAUCAGCAAUGCCAUGGGCAUUCAUGCAAGGAGAAAUUGCACAAAUCCUCGGUGACGAGUAUGACGAGUUCAAGAGAACCCGAGAAGCUCACGGUCUUGCUCCACCGAUGGGUGCCAACGCAGCGACUCUCGCCGCGGCAGCCGCGGCAGCUGCACAGUUGAGACGGAGACAAAAUGCUCAAAGAGCCCACCCUCAUCGCACUCUUACACGAUCCACAAUUAACACUUCUACCUCAUGUAACGGCGCCAAUCAAACAUCUCCAGCCUCCACAACAACUUCUGCGGCUUCUUCCACAUCUGCCGCCACGUCACCACAAAACUGAUAACCUGUGACGUCACGGAGCACAUUAGGCACAAAUAUUUUUUCUUUCAAUCUCUCUUUUUUCUCAGUCCCACUGAAACCGUUCAAAGCUGCACUCAAUGCUUUUGUCUGCUUCACCACGAUCUCUACUUUUUCCCCCUUUCCAAGUUUUCUUUCUCUCUCUCUCUCUUCGGUCCCAACUACGGUGUGAUUUCAAGGGACAUUUGGUAAUAAAUCUUGAGAUUUUUUUCCUUUCUCAUUUCCCUUUUCCUCGAUUACGCUUUUCACUGCUUUUGGGAUUUACGGUUUCUUUUCUUUUUUCAGUCCAAAAACUUUGUAAUGUUCGUACCUUAUCCCCAGUCCAUUCUCCCCUGGAACAUUGAAAAUUCAACUGCCAAACAAAUCAAAAAACAACAAUCCCACCAAAGCUUUCAGUUUAUUUUUUCAUUAAUUGAAUAAAGCUUUGAUCAGAAAACUUAA